UUCAGAGUGGAGCUGCAGGGUUAGGAUUUCAGAGUUGGGAGAGCGAUUUUGGCACUUACACAAAGAGGACGGUCAUCUAUCCCCCUAAAACGCUAUCCGUGCGUUUUUACAUGCCUGUCCUUUUAUACCUUCUUCUGAUAAACAAUAAGACGAAAUAGAGACUGCGGGAUGUACACGGCCGGGCUCAACCCGUUUUACGCAUCAAAUUUUAGCCUCUGGUCUGCGUACUGCGCAGGGGGCUUCGCUGUGGAUACGAUGAAGAAACCCUCGUUUUGCAUCGCAGACAUUUUGCAGGCUGGAGAUGCGGAGAACAUCCCGGGAUCGUCGGCACUCGUGGUGCACAUGGGGCACCACCACCGUGCACAGCAGGGGCACUCCGGCGGCUCACCACUGCGCCCCUCCCCUGUCGCUCCGGAGCCGUCCGUGUACGGUGCGAGGGUGAGUCCGGCGUCUCCAUACCACAGACACGGACUACACUUAACCUCAGUCUCCAGAACUGCAUUUAACUCCCAACAAGCUCCCCCGCCUUCAAGCAAAGACCUCAAAUUCGGAAUUGAUCGGAUAUUGUCGACAGACUUUGACCCAAAAGGCAAAGAAAAGUCGUCGUUAAGAGAUCUCACGUCCAUCGUUAGCUCGAACCGUCAGUCAGGGAUCCACAUCCCCGUUCAGCCUCCGGCCAGCCAGUACUUCUCCUCCAUAGACCCCGGGAUGAGCGACGCGUCCUCCAUGAUGAGUUCACUAGGCAGCAGCAGCAGACACUCAGGCCAGCAUCAGUUUCAGGACACCUUCCCAGGUCCAUACGCUGUCCUCACAAAAGACACAAUGCCACAGACGUACAAGAGGAAAAGGUCAUGGUCGAGGGCAGUGUUUUCAAAUCUUCAGAGAAAAGGACUCGAGAAGAGAUUUGAAAUACAGAAGUAUGUCACCAAGCCAGACAGAAAGCAGCUGGCUGCGAUGCUCGGGCUGACGGAUGCUCAGGUGAAGGUGUGGUUUCAGAACAGGCGCAUGAAGUGGAGACACUCCAAAGAGGCCCAGGCUCAGAAGGACAAGGAGAAGGACGAGAAGCCGGACAAGAGUGUGUCUGAGUCCGGCAGCAGGGAGCCCAAAGAGCCGAUGGAGUCCGAGUGUGAGAGCGAGGGGAGGAGCGAGUGUGAAUCCGACGAAGCUCCGGAGGAGGAAAGCUCUGAUGGACAUGUGGACGUUUCCGAGCACAACAAAACCAGCGUGAUCAUGAGCGGGAGCGGGCCGGCGAGCAGCGCGUCGGCAGCGGCCACAGUCACAGACACAGCGGCCUCACAGCUGCCAAUAUGAAGGCAGCGUGUUGACUUAGGUUAUGAACAAUGAGAGCGAGUUUUGUUUUUUUGUUUGUUUUUUGUUUUUUAAAUUUGGACAGAAGAACGACAGUGGUAUUAAAACACACCUGGAAUGGCAGAGUCAGUUCACUAAACAAUAAGAUGCUGAGAAGUCCCAGAUUGUUGCAACCAAAGCCAGACCUGCACCGGUUUAAUUCCUGGGGACAAGUGGAGCAACGAGGCAGUAUUGUUUGUUCAAAAUGACACAUCAUUUUAGCCCAGACACAAGGACACGUAGUCCAGAUUAGAUUUUGUCUCAUUUUUUUCCCUUUUCUCUGAAAGGCUAUGAUAAAAAAAAAAAAAAAAUCCACAGGCUAUUUUAGUCUAAAAGUCGGACUUCCGGCCACCUCUGUU